GUAUGUGUGAGUUUAUGUGUGUCUGGCAGAGAAAUAGAUAGAGAAGGGAAAAGUAAGAGGGUGGGAAGAAAGAAGGGGAAGAAAAAGGAACAGGAGAAAAAAGAAGGAAGAGGAAAGGAGGAAGAGGAGGAAGAAGGGAGAAAAAGAGAUGCUGCUGCAAUCAUUCCACUACCUUUACCAAAGAAAGUUUGCAAAAAGUAAAAUCCAGUUUAGAAUUCUCAAACAUGGCUGAUGCAGUUGCCAUGUGUAGAAAGGGUUUUGGGUUCUCAGCUAAAUGCUGUGUGACCUUUAUAUUCCCUUUCAUAGAGAAAGAGAUCAAAAGUGAAAAGAAAUGUCAAAUUUGAGCCUGGUGACAACGUUCAUCCUCAUGGGCAUUCCCCAUCCACCAGCCCUGGACACCACCCUCUUUGGAAUCUUCUUUGUGAUUUAUGUACUCACUGUGGUGGGCAACCUCUUAAUCCUGCUGGUGGUCAGGGUGGAUUCCUACCUCCACACACCCAUGUACUACUUCCUGGCCAACCUGUCCUUUAUUGACAUGUGGUUCUCCACUGUCACUGUGCCCAAAAUGCUGAUGACCUUUGUCUCCCCAGAGGGUCGGGCUAUCUCCUUCAACAGUUGUGUGGUUCAGCUCUAUUCCUUCCACUUCCUGGGCAGCACUGAGUGUUUCCUCUACACAGUCAUGUCCUAUGAUCGCUACCUGGCCAUCAGUUACCCACUCAGAUACACCAGCAUGAUGAGCAAGAAAACCCGUACCCUCCUGGCCACCAGCACUUGGCUCAGUGGCUCUCUGCACUCUGCUAUCCAGACCAUAUUGACAUUUCGUUUGCCCUACUGUGGGCCCAACCAGAUCCAGCACUCCUUCUGCGAUGCAACGCCUGUCCUCAAACUGGCCUGUGCAGAUACCUCCACCAACGAGAUGGUAAUCUUCGUCAACGUUGGGGUAGUGGCCUCGGGCUGCUUCCUCCUGAUAGUGCUGUCCUAUGUGUCCACUGUCUGUUCCAUUCUGAAGAUCUGCACCUCGGAGGGGAGACACAGAGCCUUUCAGACCUGUGCCUCCCACUGCAUCGUGGUCCUCUGUUUCUUUGUUCCCUGUGUUUUCAUUUAUCUGAGGCCAGGCUCCAGGAAUGCUGUGGAUGGGGUUGUGGCAGUUUUCUACACUGUGCUGACACCCCUUCUGAACCCUGUAGUGUACACCCUGAGGAACAAGGAAGUGAAGAGAGCCCUUUUUAAGCUUAAAGACAAAACACUUUCUCAGAGCAAGUAAUAUCAUUUACUCAUCAGCAUGCCAUUUAUUACAUGUGUAAUUCUCAGUGUUUACUACUAUUUAAAACCACCUACUUGAAAUAUUUCUUUCGCAAAUUUUUCUGUAGAAUUUCUAAAAUCACAAUUAAAUUUUUCAUUUACGAUGAACAUGCCUGUAUUCUGAUGUUUAAAUGCAUUUCUCUGCAAUAGGUUCAUUUUAUCUUUUUUUUUUUUAAUAACUUUUAUUAAGCUUCAAGUGAACAUUUACAAAUCCGAUCAGCCUGUCACAUAUAAGUUUACAUACAUCUCACU